CACACAAUGGAUAGACAGACAGGCUUGAUACAAUAUUACCACUGCUUGGUCGGCCUUUUGAUACUGUAGCUCGUAGGCAAUCGAUAACAUGGUUUAGUGACUGUAAAUCCUUGCCAUUGCAGUGUGUCUUCAGUGGCCAAUGUUGCUAUAGCGAGGUUGCUAACGUCGUUAGCUAGCUUUGCUAACAGCAGUGGUAUUGUUUUGCCGAAAUCUCUAGCUGGCUAGCCUACCUCCACGUUAGCGAGUAGUAACACCUGAGGGAAAACUGCUUUUAUACUACGAGAUAGCUGCCUUUCAAAGAAUAUGGAAACCACUUUUGAUAUAAACUAUCUUUUCCCUGAAACGAUUACAGUUUUGGACCAUAACCUAAUUGCAGGUGGAACAUCGCUGGGAAGGUCAGAUCCUCAACCCCAAAUUGCAGCAGUCAUUGAUGAACUUGGAAGAGCCUCAGCCAAGGCCCAAUACUUGACAGCACCAAUCACAAGUGCAUCCAAGCUGCAGACCAACAAGCACCAUCUCUACCUGCUGAAGGACGGAGAAAGCAAUGGAGGAAGGGGACUUGCGGUGGGGUUUCUGAAGGUUGGCUAUAAGAAGUUAUUUCUGCUUGACCAGCAGGGGGCGCAUGUCGAGACAGAGCCUCUGUGCGUCUUGGAUUUCUUUGUGAAAGAGAACCUUCAGAGGUACGGCUACGGACUGGAGCUGUUUAGCUUCAUGCUGCAGAACAAAAAGGUGGAGCCAGUGCUGAUGGCUUACGACAGGCCCUCCCCUAAGUUCCUCUCUUUUCUGGAGAAGCAUUACUGUCUGAAAAACAGUGUACCUCAGGUCAAUAACUUUGUGGUGUUUGACGGUUUCUUCGCCAAAAGAUCAGCGGCCCAGUUGAGAAAGGUUCCCCCCAAAAAGCCGGACGGAGAGAUCAAGCCCUACUCACUGAUGGAGAGAGAAGCUGUGCGAGAGGAGCAGAGGGCUCUUCCCUGGCCUUUGUGUCGUCACGCGGCUCCUCCCCUUUCUCCCCCAUUGUCGGUAUCCUCCCCGUGCUCCCCAAGCAGGGGCCGCCAGCGUCCCGAUCCGGCCCUGGCCCCGGCACCUGCCCCUGGGGGCAACAGGGGCCCGAACCCCCACCCUCCACUCAUCAACAGCCUCAACUGCAGGGCAAAGCGCACCAG